AUGUCCACCACGCCACCAACAGAACAGCGCCCGCUCCUAAUCCUCGGCGCCGGCGUCAUCGGCCUGACCACCGCCGUGCGCCUCCUCGAAUCGCCCUCCUCGGCCGGGCGCAAGGUCCACAUCAUCGCCGACCAUCAUUCCACGGACGGGCUUGAUGCACGCUACGCCUCCAGUAUAGCUGGCGCGCACCACCUGAGUUUCGCAGAUGACGCGGAUAAGCGCCAGCGGCGGUGGGAUAUGCGCACGUUUCGGGUGCUGUAUGAGGAGUGGAGGAAGGAGGGGGAGGCGUGUGGGCUGAUGGGGCUUACGCAGACUGAGAUGUGGGUCGGGUCGAGUAAGCAUCUACAGAUCUAUGAGGAGCAUCCGGACUUCAAAGUCCUCGAGGCCCGCGACGCCCCAUGCAAAGUCGACCACAUGGUCUCCUUCACCUCCCUCACCGUAACUCCAUCCCUCUACCUUACCGGGCUAGAAGCGCGCGUCCGGUCCCUCGGGGGGAUAAUCCACCGCGCCCACGUCGGGAGCUUGCACGACCUGGCGACGCUCCCCUUCUUAUCCCUUUACUCGAUCCUACCCGCCGCCGUCUUCGUCUGCGUCGGCCUAGGCGCCAGCUCUCUCUUGGGCAUUGCAGACCAAAGCGUCUACCCAACACGGGGGCAGGUUGUGCGCGUGCGUGCUCCCUGGAUCCGAUCAGGCUAUACGCGGCAGGUGGGUUCGCUCGCGGGUGGCGAGGGAGGACAGCGGACCUACGUGAUCCCCCGGUGUACGGGGGACGUGAUCCUCGGCGGGACACGCGAGGAACGUGACUGGGACCCGUACCCCCGUCUCGAGACGGCUAAGGACAUCUUGUGCCGUGCGCUGGAUAUCUGUCCCGAAUUGGAACCGCCACAUGCGCGCGCGCCCGCGCUCGAGGCGGGCGAGAAGACCCUUGAGGCUGCUUGGGCUGCUGAGAUGGGCGAGAAGGAAGAGAAGGUCAAGGCUCUCGAGGAGGUGGUUGUUGAGCACUUGGUCGGAUUUAGGCCGAGCCGCGUGGGCGGGACACGCUUGGAGAGGGCCGAAGUUAGGCUCGCGGGGGAGAUCGUCGCCCUCAUCCACAAUUAUGGGCAUGGUGGAGCGGGGUGGCAGAGCUCGUGGGGCUGUGCCGAGGACGCGGUGGCUAUCUGGGAGGGAAAGAACUUGCCCAAGCUGUAG